AUGACAACUAAGGCGACUCCGGACAAGGCUGGAAGAACACCUUCAGAGCCCAGGCCAUCUGCAAGUGUGAUCGUCAUAAACGGACAGAAUGAGGUUCUCCUCGUACAGCGGAAUCCCAAGUCUCGGUCGUUCGCGGGCGCACAUGUAUUUCCAGGAGGGAACUUCGACCCUGUGCAGGAUGGCUCACUUGAAUUGACUGCCAUCAGAGAGCUCUUUGAGGAGACUGGGCUGCUUCUCGCAUCCCCCUUGACUGGCGACCGGAAUCGAACACCCUCAAACAGGACCUUGGACACUGCGAGAGAGCUCGUUCACUCACAGCAGCUGCAGUUCCGUGACUUUCUCUCGCGGCACGCGCUUGCACCUCAUGUGAAAUCCUUGCUGCCCUUUACUCAAUGGGUUACCCCGCCCUCCAUUCCCAGGCGCUUCCGCACCUCUUUCUACGUCGCCUUCCUGGAAGAUCGUACCACCGAGUUCGAGGGCUUCGCCGCAGGCAAGAAGCACGACCGCCUCCCCACACCCGAUGGUGGCCAGGAGGUCAUCGCCGCGCGCUUUGUCCAUCCACUGGCGGCUCUCGCGGAGAACCGAGCGCACGAGAUCGCACUCAUGCCCCCGCAGGUCUACCUGCUCACGACUCUCGCGGAGAUCCUGGAGGGCUCCACACGCACUGCUGCCCAAGUCACUGCCGUACGAACACUGUCCGGUGGCGCAUUCGGCCGCAUGACGGUCCAGCCCCGUAUGUUGCCGGAGAAGGACGCAGAGGGCCGCGCGAUUCUGACCUACGAGGGGGAUGAGACCCGGGGAGGUCUCAAUGGCCGUCUCCAUCGUUGUCUUGUGCGAUUCGACAAACAAGGGGUCGCGACGGAAGUUGUCAUUCAGCGCAAUUUCGAUAUUUACACGGACCUGCAGGAAAGCCGGGGUCGAUCCGAGCCCUCAAAGCUUUGA